AUGUCUCGUCGCCCAAGAUUCACCAGCGAACUCUCUGAGCUCGAAGUCUCACAGUUAAGGGCCAAUCAGGAGCGAUUGAUGAAGGAUUUACACCACAGUUGUCAAUGGGGAACAGGAGUAAAAUGGGGUAGCGACCCAACGGAAACGGGCAUGGCACGCCUCGCCUUGUCCCAAGAGGACAAGGAUGUUCGAGACUGGUUUGUUGCAAAGAUGAAACAGCUGCGAUGUAAUAUUACUGUUGAUGAGAUGGGCAACAUCUUUGCAGUGCGUCCGGGGCGUCGGACGGACGUCCCGGCCACAUUCAUUGGCAGUCACCUGGAUACACAACCAACAGGUGGAAGGUAUGAUGGUAUUCUAGGAGUCCUAGUAGGAAUUGAAGCACUCCAGGUGAUGGAUGAUCUUGGUCUUGAGUCCGAAGGAGGUAUUGGCGUGGUCAAUUGGACGAAUGAAGAGGGUGCUCGUUUUCCGAUGACCAUCAUCGCCUCAGGGGUAUGGGCGGGGAGCUGGUCCCUCUCCCACUGCCAUUCUCUCAAAGAGGUCCCUACAGUUGCCUCUCGUCCUAGUGCUACUUCUAGUCCGGAAACUUUGAAGGAGGCUCUCCAGAAGAUUGGCUACUUGGGAGACACACCCUGCUCGUACGAGGCAAUGCCCAUGGCCGCUCAUUUUGAGCUGCAUAUCGAACAAGGGCCUCAUUUGGUAUCUUCCGGGCAACAGAUUGGGGUUGUCACUGGCGCUCAAGCAUAUCGCUGGUACAAUAUCAAAGUUGUCGGAUCAGAUUGUCAUUCUGGAACCACGGCUUUCAAACAUCGGGCCGACGCCAUGUAUGCUGCUGCCCGGAUGAUGGUAAAAGCCCGAGAGGUUAGCUCCACCCACGGUUGUUUGGCCAGUAUCGGUAUCGUCCAGGCACUCCCUGGAAGCGUCAACACAGUCCCUGGGUUGGUAACUUUCAGCCUUGAUGUUCGAGGACCGAAGAUGGAUAUGGUGGCACAGGUGGAGACGGAGCUGAGAAAGGAGUUUGAAGUGAUUGCGAGGAAUGACCAGGAGAGUAAACCGUGUUCGGUCGAGUGGAGGGUGGAUUUUAAUUCACCUUCCGUUGAAUUUCAUCAAGACUGCAUCGACUGUGUCCAGGAAUCUGCCGAAGCAGUCGUCCCGGAUCCGAAAUCACAGAUUCGGCAUAUGAUCAGUGGGGCCGGCCACGAUAGUGUCAGCACGUCGAAACGGGUCCCAACAAGCAUGAUCUUCGUUCCUUGUAAAGACGGGGUUAGCCACCACCCUCAAGAAUACUGCGCACCGCAGGACUGUGCCGCCGGGGCAUCGGUGAUGCUUCAAGCAGCAAUUCGAUACGAUCGGAAGAGAUUUGCAUAG